AUGGUCGAAACAGUCCCCAUUCCGGAGCCGCCAGGGUAUCCCAUCAUCGGCGUCCUCGCCGACAUUGAUCGCGAGUUCCCCCUGGGCACCUGGACGGCCCUGGCCGACAAGUAUGGCGAGAUCUACCGGGCUCGCAUCGGCACCCGCACCGUCGUCUUCUGCUCGUCCUUUGCCCUCGUCGACGAAUUAUGCGACGAGAAGCGCUUCGUCAAGAUCCCACAGACCGCCCUGCAGCAGGUCCGCAAUGGCGUCAACGAUGGUCUCUUCACGGCCAACCCGGAUGAGCCCGCUUGGGGCAUUGCUCACCGCAUCCUGAUGCCCGCGUUCGGACCCAUGGGUAUCCGCAACAUGUUUGACGAGAUGCACGACAUUGCGGCACAGCUCUGCAUGAAGUUUGCCCGUCACGGGCCUACCAACAAGAUCCAGGCCUCGGACGACUUUACGCGGCUGGCCCUGGAUACCCUUGCCCUCUGCACCAUGGGCUUCCGCUUCAACAGCUACUACACAGACACGAUGCACCCCUUCAUCGAGGCCAUGGGCGAUUUCCUCAAGGAGUCUGGCAAGAGGGUGCAAAGGCCGCCGCUUCCCAACUUCUUCUUCCGCAACGAGGAUGCCAAAUACUGGGAGGACAUUGGCCUCCUCCGCAACACGGCAGACACUGUCCUCCAGGAACGCAAGGAGGCCAGGGCUCGUGGCGACCCACAUGUGCGGAAGGACCUGCUCACAGCUAUGCUUGACGGCGUAGACUCGAAGACAGGACAGAAAAUGAGCGACUCUAGCAUCAUCGACAACCUUGUCACCUUCCUGAUUGCGGGGCACGAGACCACAAGUGGUCUGCUCUCCUUUGCCAUGUACAGCCUGCUCAAGCACCCCGAGUUCUACCGCAAGGCACAGGCCGAGGUUGACCGCGUUUGUGGUAAAGGACCGAUUACGGUCGACCACAUGAGUAAGCUGCCUUAUAUUGAGGCUGUCCUUCGUGAAACGCUGCGUCAGCAGUCACCCAUCCCUAUGAUCCAGGUCGUGCCCAGGGAAGACGAGAUCUUGGGAGGCAAGUGGGAGGUCAAGAAGGGAGAGCCCUGCACAAUCUUCAUCAAGAAGAUGCACACAGAUCCCGCCGUCUACGGCGAGGAUGCACUCGAGUUCAACCCUGAGCGUAUGCUCCUCGAGAACUUCAACAAGCUGCCCAAGAACGCCUGGAAGCCUUUCGGCAACGGCAUGCGUGCCUGUAUCGGCCGGCCGUUUGCCUGGCAGGAGGCCAUUCUUUGCAUGGCCAUGAUGCUGCAGAACUUCAACUUCGUCAUGGACGACCCCAACUAUAACUUGGUCUACAAGCAGACCCUGACCAUCAAGCCGUCCAACUUCUACAUGCGCGCGAUCAUCAGAGACGGUCUUACCCCGACAGAGCUCGAGCACCGCCUCGCUGGCACCAAGCCGUCCGAGCAGCAGAAGAAGGAUGCGUCUGGCACAGUCCUCACCAAUGGAUCGGCAUCGGCAGACAAGGGAAAGCCCAUGACCGUCAUCUAUGGUUCCAACAGUGGUACUUGCGAGUCUAUGGCGCACAGAAUUGCCGCCGAUGCUGGCCAGCACGGGUUCCAGGUAACGACACUGGACUGCAUGGACACAGCGAACGGCAGCCUGCCCAAGGAUCGUCCGGUGGUCAUCGUUACGGCCAGCUACGAGGGCCAGCCACCUGAUAAUGCCGCUCACUUUGUGUCGUGGCUCGAGAAUGCAAAGGAGAAUGAGCUCGAAGGAGUCUCAUACGCAGUAUUUGGCUGUGGCCACCACGACUGGGCACAGACGUUCCACAGGAUUCCGAAAUUGGUGAAUGAGAAGAUGGCUGCAGCCGGUGCUUCGAGGCUAGUCGAUCUGGGUCUCGCCGAUGCAGCCGAGGGAGACAUGUUCGCCGACUUCGAGACGUGGGAGGACGAGGUACUGUGGCCUGCCCUCAAGGCCAAGUACAAGAUCACUGCGGAUGACUCCAAACACUCCUCCAUCUCCGCACUGCGCGUCAACAUCACGAAGCCGCGCGUCUCUACUUUGAGGGAAGAUGUCCAGGAGGCCGAGGUUGUGGCGACACGCAAGCUCACUGCUCCUGGUGAGCCCGUCAAGAAGCACAUCGAGAUCAAGCUGCCAUCAGAUGUUUCUUAUCGCUCGGGAGACUACCUGGCUGUCUUGCCUAUCAAUCCAAAGGAGACCGUCUCACGUGCGAUUCGCCGCUUUGAGCUGCCCUGGGAUGCCAACAUCACGAUCGAGGGCGACAGCCUGAUCCCUCUGCCCAAGAACGAGUCGGUGCCGGUCCAGUCCAUAUUUGGUGCUUACGUCGAGCUGUCCCAGCCUGCAACGAGACGCAACAUCAUUUCACUGUCUGAGGCGUCCACGGACGAAAAGGACAAGGAGGCGCUGAACAAGCUUGCUGGCGACGAUUACAAGAGCGAGAUCUCGGACAAGCGAGUCUCCAUCCUGGACUUGUUGGAGCGGUUCCCCACGAUUAGACUUCCUCUGGGAUCGUUCUUGGGCAUGCUUCCACCAAUGCGUGUCAGGCAGUAUCGAGCCAUACUAACAUGGGACUGCAGCUCUAUCUCAUCUUCGCCACUGUGGAACGCAUCUCAUGUCACUUUGACAUUCUCCGUGCUCCAGGCCCCCUCCAAGGCCGGCGAGGAUCGGAACCACAUUGGCGUAGCCAGCUCUUACCUGGACUCGCUUGAGGUCGGCGACCGGCUGCAUGUGUCUGUUCGCACAUCCCACGCAGCGUUCCACCUGCCUACCGAUCUCGAAAAGACCCCGGUCAUCAUGGUCGGUGCCGGCACCGGUCUGGCCCCGCUCCGCGGCUUCGUCCAAGAGCGUGCGGCCAUGAUCAGCGCAGGCCGCAAGGUGGCUCCCGCCGUCUUGUACUACGGCUGCCGUGAGCCUGGCAAGGACGACUUGUACGCCGACGAGUUGGCGCAGUGGGAAGCCGAGGGCGCCGUGGUCGUCAAGCGGGCGUACAGCAGAGUGCCCGAGAAGUCUGGCGGGAACAAAUACAUCCAAGACGUCAUCUGGAGCGACCGCGAGUAUGUCAGCGAGCUGUGGAACAACGAUGCCAAGCUGUUCGUUUGCGGUUCGCGCCAGCUCGGCGAGGGUGUCACUGCCGUGGCUCAGCGCAUCGGCAAGGAGGUCGCCGAGAAGAAGGGCAAGGAGACCACGGAGGAGAAGAUCCAAGCUUGGUGGGAGAACCUCAGGAAUGAGAGAUAUGCCACUGAUGUCUUUGAUUAA